GACGCGCUGUCCAUGCCACUGCUCCCGUUCCUCCAGGACGUCGUCGACGCUGCGUGCCCGAGCAACGGCCUGCGCAAGGAAGUCGCAGUGCUGCAGGCGCACCUCAUGGCCAAGACGGCCGAGUGCCACAGUCUCUCGCGCACGGUCACGCAGCUCGAGGAGGCGCUGGCGCGCCGCACCGACGAGUACGACGCCGUGCUCCAAGCACUCACACGCGCCCAGUGCGUAAUUCGCGGCUUCCGCGCCGACACAGACAAGUACCUUGAAGCGGUCGAGGCGAGCCGCCGCGUUGUCAAGCGCCUCGAAGCCGACCUGCAGGUGGAGCAUGCGUUAAACCUCGAAGCCAAGAUCUCGCGCAUGUCGCUCGAGCUGCAGAUGAUCCGCCACAGGAAUCAGACCGACGAGAUCAUUCACGGUCUCGAGUCACAGCUGCGCUUGGCGCGCAACACGGUCAAUAUGUGUGCGCAGCGAGAAGCCGACGCGGCGGACGAGCUCGAAGCCGAGUCUGGCGCCCUGCAAGCCCGCGUGCUGCGAUACCUCAAAGACGCACCACGAAGCAGCGUCGGCAGCACCCAAGCGGCGGAUGACGAUGAAGACGAUUUUUUCGAUGGCGAUGACGACAGCUCCAGUGACGAGGACGAAGAUGAUGACACGCCGAUCGUCCGGCCACGGUCCGGGUCUGCUUGUGAGCUCGACCGGCGACGACCGACGACGAUGGGACAGCUCCUCGCGUCGCUUCGGCCCUCGCACCGCACCUCCACAGGCUCCAUCGCUCGCCUCGUCAAGAAGCCGAGUCUCUCCAAAUGCAACGCGCACAGCCGCGUCUUCUCCAAGGACCGAGUCACGCGCUGGCGUCUCUGUCAAGUUGUGUCCCCUAGCGUCAGUUCCAAAGCCGUAUUUGCGUCCUACACGCCGUAGAGUACACAGCGCAAUCGUAGCGUAUUUACCAUCGUUGUCAUCC